AUGGAUCCCGGAAAUCGUGAGCGCGGCCUCAAGGCGGCCAUCAACAACCCGCGCGUGUCCGAGCAGGCCAAGCAGCGCGAUCGCGAGAUCCUUGAAAGCGAGUUUGGAACUCGCAUGCCCCAGGAGAGUACCACAGAUAUGGCAGAGGAGGAAGUUCUCACCGACAUCCCCUCCAGCAAGCUUGGCUCAUCCUCCGCUUCUACAGCCAAGAAGGGUCGCAGCAAGUCGGCUGGAUCUCAUGAAGCUGCCACCAGCUCCAAAACCGAGUCAUCCACUUCCAUGAAUCUUGAGGGAAAGGACAGGGGCAAUGUUAUCCGCGGACUGAAGGCAGCAAUCAAUAACCCCAACGUGUCGGAGAAGGCCAAGGAGAAGGACCGCAAGAAGCUGCACGAUCUUGGAGAACCCAUCGACUGA